ACAGUUGCCAGGUGGCUGAAGUACUCGGAGCUUUUAUUCUCCCCUCGUUUCACGGUCCACAACAAACACUCCCACACGCGCGCGCACACGCACACACGCUCUACACGCGCGAGUCAUCAGUGAGCUGCAGAAGUGUGUGAACCGUUCCUCAUCAUCUCGUUCUUCAUCAUCUUCAUCAUAUCUCCAUCCACAGCUUUACUGCAGAGAGACACAGCAGCGCUUACAGCAGAAUCGGAUCUCCACCAGCGGUCCUCAGCAUGGAUACACGCCCGGAGGAGAGGAAAGCAUCCCCGGUGCCCGGCUCCGUCCCCGCGCGCCGCUGGAACUCUGUCUCCGCCGUCGCCGCCGUGUGCCUCGCGUUGUCGCUCAGCGCUCUGGCCACGUGCUGUCUCAUGGUGAUUAAAACGAACGGGAUGGAGAGUAAAGUGCGCGCGCUGGAGCGCAUGAGCGACGGCCCGGUGACCGAAGAGCUGCGGGACACCGUCCGGAGUCUGGUGCAAGAAACUCUGAGCGAGCUGAUGCCCAAACUGCGCACAGCCAGAGACGUGAAUCACGAGUGCGUCUGUCCUCCAGGUCCUCCGGGAAAGCGUGGAAGGAUGGGACGACGAGGAGAUCCUGGACCUCCAGGGAAACCAGGACACGAUGGCUACCCGGGGCCUCUCGGCUUGGACGGUAAACCCGGUCCUCCUGGGCAAAAAGGAAGUCAGGGGCCAGCUGGACCGAAAGGAGAUAAGGGUGACCAAGGAGAGAUUGGGCCAAGGAUGGUCUUUCCUCGCUAUGAUCACGGCUUCAUCUCUGCCGAUCAGCCCACUUUCCAGAGACGUAUGCUGAAGGGCGAUCAAGGCCAGGCCGGUCCUCCAGGCCCACCCGGACCCCCUGGACCAAGAGGUCCUCCUGGAAACACGGGGAAGGAUGGACCUCGAGGUCCCCUUGGAGAACAGGGUCCCCCUGGGAAAGAUGGACAUCAGGGACCGAGAGGUCUACCAGGUGAUCCGGGUGAAGAUGGUUCUCCAGGUUAUACAGGUCCACAGGGACCCCCGGGGGCAAAGGGAGAACGCGGUGAAGCAGGAGAUAAAGGUGACCCAGGCGUGGACGGCCUCCCGGGCCUUAAAGGAGACAAAGGAGAAGUCGGAGAAACGGGACCUCAAGGAGAAACGGGUCUUCCGGGCGAAAAAGGUGCGACAGGCUCCAGCGAUGUCAUCGCCUUCAAUGACAAACUGUUAGAUGCUUUUCAGGCGAUCCACACCAUCAGUGUUUCGGGUCCACCGGGUCCUCCUGGACCUCCUGGACCUCCAGGAAAGGACGGGAUAAAGGGAGAACUGGGCUUACCUGGACUAGCUGGAGUAGACGGAGAGAAGGGAACUAAAGGAGAUGUUGGAGAACCAGGAACCGCUGGAGACCGAGGAGAGAAGGGAGAGAUGGGACUCUCUGGUCCUGCUGGACUGGAUGGACAGAAAGGAGAGAAAGGAGACAGCAGACUAGAAGACAACCUGGUUCAGAUGAUUUCUCAGCCAGGACCUCCAGGACCAAGAGGACCUCCAGGAUUUAUGGGUCAUCCUGGAAUUCCUGGUCCGAAGGGUGAUUCGGGAGAGUGUAUUAAAGGAGAUAAGGGAGAUCCAGGAGUUCCAGGGAUCCGGGGAGCCGAGGGCCCACAGGGACACACGGGUCCUGCGGGGUUGGUCGGCCUUCCGGGAUCCAAGGGCGAAAAAGGAAAACAAGGAGAGCCUGGAUUAGACGGCUUUCCUGGGCUUACAGGCGAUAAAGGAGACACGGGGGCUAAAGGAGAAAAGGGCGAUCGUGGCUCUGUAGGAAAGAGGGGGCUGAAGGGGCAGAAAGGGGAGCAGGGGCCGCCCGGGUUAGACCAGCCCUGUCCUGUGGGUUCUGCAGGAUGUAAAGGCCAGGCAGGUGAAAGCGGGCAGUCUGACCCCGGAGCUCCCUGCAGGCUGGGUCCAGAUGGCCUUCCGAUACCAGGCUGUUGGCACAAGUGAUGACUAACAUGAAGCGUAAUCAGGUUCCUGUACAUAAUCCUACAAUAUAAAUACAACCUCCUAUUUUUUUAAUAAGACUUUGAUGAUCAUUUCAUCAGCCAUAGAAUUACCUACAGUAUUUUCUAUAGAUAUAUAUGUAUAUUUUCCAAUAUACUAAACAUUUUGGACCAACCUAGGAGUUUGUAUAUUUGUAUAAAUCUAUAUUUUUUAAUCUGCGUCGGACAUUUCGGAGGAAGGUGUGAAGGAUCGCUUCCUCGCCUCCGCUGCAUGAGCCCCUGCAUGUGCGUCACGUGACGUGAUCAGAGGUCGAACCGGGAGCGUUUUGUUCUGUUUUUAAAGGACGAAGGGACGAUGCAGAGGAUCAAGCGAAAGCGUCUAUCGCAGCCGUGACUACACGAGCGGAGGAGCGAAGUAAGCGAUCCGUCACACAGGAGCGUCUUGGUGAUGAACUGAAGUCUGGAGAAGUUCCCUUGCUCUGUAACGCAUGUAGGAAUACACGUAAAGGCUCUCGUGACGGUCACGUGAGAGAUCGAGAGACGUUUUGAGCUCUUCACUAGCUGAUGGAUGGAGAUGGUUAUAUCUCCGUAAACGCUGACAAUCGGGUGUGGAGAAACGAUACCGAAGAGCCAACUGAUUUAUCCUCAUUACUAGCCUUACGCUUCUUCUUUCUUUUAUUAUUUUAUUUUGCAGGAAAUGAACCGUAUCUGACGGUUCUUUUUUUCUUCUUCUGUAAUUAAGGAAGUUUAGCGUGUUACUGUAUUUUUUUUUGUUUGUUUGUUUUUAUAUUAGGAUUAUUAUUAAAUGUACACUACUACUAGAUUGUAUUAUAUUUUGUUAACAUAUUGUCAUAUUGAUUUAUUACAUUGUCGGGAUUCUUCAUGUUGCUAUGACGACCUGUGAUUUCGUUUAACAUCACAUUCAGUUUCUUUAUCUUUGUAAUAAUUUAUAGUAUAUUUUUGCUAUAUGGUAUAUUAUGAUAUAAUUGCUAGGGAUGCAUUGAUACGAUUUGGGUUUUUUUGUGAGACUUUUUUGGCGUACUUAUCGUUAACGAAUAACGAUGCGGAAAUUGAGUAAAGUGGGUUUUUUUGUCAUGCGAAACAACGAGGUUGCGUUAUUUUAUUUAAACGUGUGCACGUGCAAUCAGGCUCGUGAUCUUCAAACAUAAGAGUUCGAGCUGUUAUUUUCACUCACACGACAUCGUCGGUAGACAUUUUUUCUCACCUGUCGGAUAUCAAGGAUCGAAUCUUACGUUUCAGAUGUUUAUUAUUUUUACGGGAUGAUUUCUUCCUUUUGCGUCGUCAUGGCAACGUUUGAUGCCUUCAGGUGUUUCUAUGCACUGACGAUGAGGUUUUAUAAUCGCUUUACUGAACGAAAACAGUGAACAUGCAUCAUUGUAACUUUAAAAAAAUCGCACAUGACGUCGCGAGGUUCACGUCUCAGUCAGCUCUGUAGCUCCCUGGGUAGUGACUCGAUAUAGUGUGUAACUGUGUGUUCUGUAAUUAUGUUAGCGUGUAGAAGACAACAUUCUGUUUUGCUUUAUAAGCUUAUUAUUAAUAUUACCUUAGCGUGUAGAAGACAACAUUCUGUUUUGCUUUAUAAGCUUAUUAUUAAUAUUACGUUAGCGUGUAGAAGACAACAUUCUGUUUUGCUUUAUAAGCUUAUUAUUAAUAUUACCUUAGCGUGUAGAAGCCAACAUUCUGUUUUGCUUUAUAAGCUUAUUAUUAAUAUUACCUUAGCGUGUAGAAGACAACAUUUUGUUUAUUCUUCUUAGACAAAAACUAAUUAUGAGUAACAACUCCUAGGGCUUUUGAGCCACAUGCACCAAAAUCGGAUCUGUCGAAGACCCUGGUCUGAAAUUUGUUGCUAUUUCUUUUCUAAUCCGAGUUUCGGUACUCAUUCGAUCCGAGUUCCGGUACUCACGGUACCGGAUCUCAAAGUGGUCUUUUUUGCUAUGGACACGCAUUAUAAAUACUCAGGACAAAUGUUUAAAUUGGUGCACCGACUGGCACUUCGGUUUUCCCCCAGCUCCGCCCCCAAUAUAGGCAAAAUAAAAAAAAAAUUUCCACAACAUUGACAUGUGACAUAUCAAAACACUCAGAACAAUGAGGGGAACUGCGUCACGGGUAUUCGGAUGAUGUCAGAUGCUAGUAACCACUCGCUUUCAAAAGUAUUGGCACCCUAGCAUACCGGCCUUACUUGCUCCGACAAGCCAACAUCAAAGUUUGUCGAACUUUACAAAUCUAGUUGAGUGAUGUGGUGACUCAAUAUAAUUGAGUCUAAUUUAAAUCUAAUUUCCACCAGUCACUGAAAACUCAGACGUGAAAAGUAUUUAUUUGUCAAAUAAAUUUGUUUGCUCAAUCUCCCGAGCUGAGAGGACGUCCAGAAUGUUGUUAUUCAUUAAAAACUAACAAACAAAAGUGAACCAGGGAGCUGAUUAGUGAACCAGUGACCUGAUUAGUGAACCUGGGAGCUGAUUAGUGAACCUGGGAGCUGAUUGAGACACAGCCGAUAUUCUACAGCGCAUGAGGUUUAGGUCUCACACUUUCACGUGGUAUCGUUUAUUGACCUUAACGAGUCCGAUAUCGCACCUGUUAGAGGGUCUAUAUCAGUAUCAGUAUCGAUGCAUCCCUGCUAAUUGCUUUUUAAUAGACAAGAACAUUACAGUAAAGGUUUGGCUUUCAUUCAUGUACAUUUCUAAAAGUUAUACAUUUGUAGACUUUUAUGUAACAUGAAUUCACAGAAGCAUUUACAUUUACGUUUAUUUGCUACACAAGGUAAGAAUACUAUAAUCUAUAAUCUGUUGAAUUAAACGGACGAUUUCGCUUCAUGGGAAACAAAUUCUGACUCUAUUUACUGAGCGUCAUGUCAAUGUUAAUAUAUAUUUUUUAACACCACACACACACAGGUGCAGUGUAAAUGUUACAGAUAGGAAAGAGACACUCUCUUUUUCUCUCUCUGUCUUACACACACACAGUUUGUUAACUGCGUUAUUUGAACAUAUACAUAUAUUUUGAACAAUAACAAGCCAUUAUGAAGCAGUGUGUUAAAUUCCGCUUACUGUGAAUCCUCGUGGGUUUUUUUUUCUCUCUCCCAUCUGCUUUAAGAAAUGAAUUUAUUUCAGAAUUGUGUUACUUUCUAAGUGUUGCUGCUAAAGCGGUAUUUGUAUUUAUCUUUUGCGAUUGAGAAGCUUUCUCUCAGCAGCCGCAUGCCACCAGCGCUGGUAAGAGCCGAAAUUCUCAUCAUUGUGUUUUAUAACAUAAAUCUGUGUUUUAAAAUAAUAAUAAGCGUUCAUAGCUUGGUGACUGGUCUUUAUGGAAUGAUGGUUUAGAGAUAUAAAGUUUCCAACAGGAAUUAUUUCAGCAUUUUGAUUUAUUUUAUUUUCAUAUAUAGUCAGUCAGGAUUACUCUGUAAUUGUGUUCGGCUAAACGGUGUUGAGUUACUGUACACGUGAUACAGAGACGUGCUCAUGAGACACCAGGAAAACGUUCAUAUAUGUUUCUAAAUAAACUAUUUCCACUGAA